GUGAAAGUGGAGAAUCCCAAAGCAGCAACAAGCAAGGGAAAGAAAAAGGUGAAAGUAGAAGAAGAGAGACAACCCAAUGGGACUAUAGGGGUAUUCAUAAAAGCAGAGCCAAAAGAGGGUGACUUAGUAGUGAAGAAAGAGCAUGAAAAGGAGACAGAGGAGGAUGAAGACCUCCAACUGACAAUAGAAUUAGAAAACAGAGGUGAGAAUAGGAGUGAUCAGGACUAUGAUGACGAAGACACCAAUGACAGUACCACAACGAAUGACAGUGGCAGUGUUAGCUCCGUGAAAACGUACCUUGCAAAAGGUGAUCAGCCUCUGUACAACAAAAAUGCCGGCAUCAAAUUGAAAAGGAGUAAUUCCAAAGUUCGUUUGCCUGACAAAAGCCAUGGUAUUAAGUGUGAUGUAAAUGGCUGUAAUGUCAGGCUGAAGAGCGAGAGCAAUAUUUCAUAUCACCGGAAGUGUCACGUAGAGAAUUCCAUGCAGUGCCAAGAGUGUCCCACAAAAUUUGGAACCUGGAGGGACUUGGCUCUUCACCUUUGGCGACAUCACCUCAUUGACAUUGAUUUGCACAAGUGUGAUAAGUGUGAUUACAAGUGUUAUAGCUAUAGCAAGCUGAUGAAUGUACAUCACAAGAUACACAGUGAUGAGAGACCGUCGCUGUGUGACACGUGUGGCAAGAGGUUCAAAACUACUAAACAAUUGCGGAACCACAAGGCUCUCCACCUCAAAGUGCCGCAGAUCUUGUGUGAGACCUGCCAGAGACCGUUCACAGACAAGCGGAUGCUGCGGAAUCACAUCGAGUUUGUGCACAAGAAAGUGAAGCCGUUCUUGUGUAAUUACUGUGGCUAUUCAACUGCUUCCAAAUCUACCCUUAAGAUGCACAUGCGGCAACACACAGGUGAAAAACCCUUUGCCUGCGAGGAAUGUUCUUACCGGACAGCUGACCACAACUCGUUACGGAGGCACAAGAUGCAGCAUUCGGGCAUAAGGCCUUACCGCUGCCCUUACUGUGAUUACGCCUCCAUCCAGUCCACGACGUUCAAGGUUCACCUCAAGGACAAGCACCCAGAUCUUGCCCAGCGAAACGGCAUCAUGUUUACCUGUGUGGUGUGCCCCUUCAAGACUAUAAAACGAGACAAUUAUCUGGCACACGUCGCUGAACACAGUAAAAAUGACAACAAGAAGUUACGGCAGAGUGUAAGCUCAGCAACCAAAAAUACAUCACCAGAGACUAUUGUAAGUGAUAUGAAUCCUCCUCCACCACAUGUAGUCAAUAUUGAUGUCAACAGUGGAACAGUAACUGUUGAGACUCCACAAGAAACAGAUUUUCUAACCAAUGUCAAUGUGUCGGGUGGACUCCAGUUACCCAUACCAGGCCAGGUGAUUAUGGCUGGAGAUCAGUAUUUUUAUGCAGCCCUGGAUUCUGCAGUUUUAUCUCAGGUACAAUCUAACGAAAGUGUACUGCAUCUGACUCCCUUGGUUUUAGCAGUUCCAGUGACCACAGAGACAUCAAGUUCUCCCUCACAACAAGGGUUGGUGUAUGUAGCCAGCACCAGUCAGGGAGAACACUGAUUAUCUACUUAAGUAUAAAAAAAAAGAAGAAAUUUUCAGCAGACCAGAAAUGGAAGACUGCAAUGCAAUGUCUCACCUCAACUGCUUGCGGAAGAAGUCAGUUACUCCCAGAAGAGAUUAUAGGCUUAGGAGACUACACCUUUGUUCGUUAGUUAGUAUUUCAUGGCGUAUCAUCGAGGUUGUACCCCCCCCCCCUUUCCUCUUCCCUAUCAAAAAAAA